AUGUUCGAUGAGGAUGAGUUUGAUGCUCGAGAGUGGGUGAACGCCGUGUUCAGGGAGACGCCUCCAGCAAACGUCUCACGGGAGCAAGGAAAUGCAGAGCUGGAUACGGUGUGCGAUCAGCUCAUCAAAGACCUGCCAAGCGUCAUGCGCAGUAUUGAUGUUGUGUCGCAAGAAGUGGACUCGUUACGGGAGAGCAUGGCCAUCGUGCGCAACGACAUCGAAGCUGUGGAGAAGAACACGGCAGAGUCCAUGUCGCUGCUGAUGCAACUGGACAGCGUCAAGUCCCGCCUCACAGCGACCGUCGACACCCUCGAGCAAGCACGCCAGUGGGAAGAAGCGUCAACCUCCAUAUCCGCUGCGCAACACUCGUCCGAUAUCCGCGUCGUUCAUGAUGCCCUCGUCAAACUACAGCAGUUCAUGCGUGCGUUGAGUGUGGACGACGGACACGCGGAAGAGCGCUCCUCCCUGCAGACGGAAUUGCGCAAUCGCCUCGAAUCCCUCGCCCACCGCGACCUCACCACAGCCGUGCAGGCACACAAUGCAGCGGCUGCACGCGACCUGCUUCAACACUUCGCUGCAAUGGAGAGAACACACGUCGCCCUCGACCUCUACAAGUCAACCGCACAGGCCGCGCUGACGCGUGUUGAGUUGUCGCCAGACCGGGCGGCUCCCUUGCCCGAUGCUCUGCGCCAAUACUUUGAGGCCGUCGCCGCUGUCUUGCAGGAGGAGGAGAAGUUUUGUGCGCGUGUGUUUGAGCCGAGCGGACACCACCCGCUUGCAGACGUCACAGCCGUCUUCUAUCCGACAAUGGCCGCAACCAUCCGCAGCGCUCUCAAGUCAUCCCUUCCGCAGGCCCCCAACUUGCUGGGGACGGUCGCCGUGUGCAUCGAGGAGGCCGAGAAGGGCUUGCUGCUCCUCCCAACACCAACGCAGGCUGCUGUGCGGACGAUUCUGGGAGCGUUUGUGCCGUACCAGGUCAACUUUGCGGAGCACCUGUACCAUCACAUGAAGGCAAAAGUGGAGGCGCUGGGAUCUGUUCCGCCGGCGCCAGCUACACCCAUGCUCCGUGGUGGUGCUGAUGAUGACCAUCAAACAGAGGAGGAGGACAGUGACAUGCAGCAGCUUGCGGCGUAUGCGCGGGAGCUGGCUGGGAGCUGGCAUGCGCACUGCCGCUGCAUCUCUUCGCUCAUGGCGGACGAUGUGCCGGACAUGUGUGCACGCAUCACGGGCUGCGGCGCCGCCGACGGUGCGGUCUCUGCGCUCGCUCGCGUCUGCAAACACAUGUGCGCGACGUUUGUCAGCAGAAUAUCGCAACUCAAGAAGCUGGCCCUCAACACACGCGUAUCGGAGCUGCCGUGGCCGCUGGCUGAGCCGCUUUUCGCUGCCGUCGCGCACCUCGGCGCGUUCAUAUCCGCCCUUGCGCAGCGGGAGACGGCACUCCGACGCCUCGUCCUCGAACACCGCGGCGCCCAGGUGGCCGGUGAGGAGGAUUCGCUGGCGUUUAUGGAGGAGAGCGACGACCCUGCACACGACUGGGAGAAGCGGCGAGCAACGGACGGGCACCCGUCGCUGCUGCACGAUUAUCUGCGGGAUGAGACGACGGCACAGCGUGACGCUGCCGUGUUCGUGCGCAGCUGUCUCAAAGGGCGGCCGCUGUUUGACGCUGCGCGACAGGAGGUGUCCAAGCUGAACGAUUGCCUGCAUGCAUGCCUCCUCGACCUUCUCCUUCACACAACCGCGGACGCGCUCACACCCGUCCCCACACUCAACGCGUGGACGUCAACGCAACACGAAGUGCAAACGCUCCCGUUUGUGAACAAGAUUGCCGGGGACUUGGAAACGCUCGCAGAAAACAUCCAAACGCUCGACCAGAAGGAGGACAUUGUGACGGCCGCGAACAGCUGCACAAUUGCGCCGUUCACCGCGGUGGACACGACAGAGAACGAUGCAGAUGCAGAAGACCGGGACGAGCAAGCGGAUGACAACGACGAUGCAGAUGCCAUUUGGCUGCGGUGGGUGACACGGCGAGCAACGCAUGAGGUGGCAGAGACGGUGUACAGGAUCAAAGCGCUGUCAGAGCCCGGCCGCGCCAUCCUCUGCGACAACAUCAGCAUACUGUGCAACGCUGUGCUUGAGAUUGGCGACGUGGAUGACGGGCUGACGAAGCUCAACGAGAUGCUGCGCACGUCACAGGACGAGGUGCUGUCUGAGAUGAAGACGCUUGCAGAGACGCCGCUCGCUGCUGCCACAUAUCACGCUGCCAGGUUGCGUGGCCUUGUGGAUGCAACCACAACGCUAGCAGGCGUGCACCCCAAAUAG